UUGAAAGGACACAUCAGGAUGUUAUGGGUCAGCUUGACUCCCGCCUCUCAUACGGAGUGUAGUAGACCGCUCGAUGCAGGGCAUGUGACGGAGAGCUGCUCACUGAUCCCCGGGGACCGGACGCUUGUAUCGGACAUGUCUUCCCGGCCGGACCGAGACACCGGCAGCCGGUACCGGAGGAAGAGCUCUACCGACGGCCAGCACCGGGAGGAGAAGUCACACCGGCACGGCAGAAUAGUGCGUGGAUUCUCCAGAGAUUCUGCAAGUCUAAAGAGAACUGUCUCCAUAUGUGAGGAAAACUUCCCAACAGCUCUGCCCGUGCUGCUGGAUGUGGUCGGGGGUCCCGAGGGUCUUCCUGCAGACGAGCAGACACAGGAAAUGCUGAGAGGGAAACUGCGCAUUCUGCAAGCUGACAGCACCGAGGUCAACGCUCUGUUCAUGGAGCUGUCUGCUCAUCUGAUCUCCAUCAACUGUGAAGAAAAUAUUAUUUUUGUCACAUUCAAAACAUUUGAAGAAAUAUGGAAGUUCACCACAUAUUACACAAUUGGUUUCCUGGGUCGCUGUAUGGAGGAUCUGUUGUUAGACCAGAGGUUUUGUCUCAGUUCUCUGGAGGAGGACAUCAGGAUCCAGGUCUCCAUUGAGGAGGAGACCCUCAGCCUGAUCUACAAAGGCAUCCUCAUGCAGGAAGGGUCUUUCUUUGCUAGCUGUAGCACCAACCAGAUGUUCGACAGCUCCACCUCUGGAGGGGACCUGUACCUGGAGCAGGGGGACAUAGCCCAGUUCGAGCCCCCCUUCCUGGGCUCAGGGUGGACCGUGCUCUGCCUGGCUGAUGGAGGCCGAGGCACUGCACCCAGACCUGCUGUGGAGCCCGUCGUCCCUUUUUAUCAGUGGUUUCUCAAAUCCUGUGCAGAGGGCAUUUUAGUUGGUGAUGGGAAACCCCCCUGUGACUUCCCUCUGCAGUUUGCCAGAGGAACCUGUCUUGCCACAAUGGAGUACGAUGCUGGGGGCCCAGAUGAGCUGAGCGUGGCCCCUGGUGAUCGCAUCAUCAUCGUGGGACUUCUGGUGUCUUGUUUUGAGUGGUUCACAGGGAGGAAGGAGGCCACAGGAGAAGUGGGUCUGGUGAAGACUAGCCUGGUGGAACCCUCCACUGACGUUACCCAGUCAGAAGAUAUUUUUUUGGAUGGAGAGGAAAGAACACUCUUCAGUGUGCAAGAGGACAAAGUCAUAGAGGAAACAACUGCGUUACUGAAGAAGAAAUCCCAAAAUGAUACCGGUCAGAAAUACAAACUUGAUACGAUGAGUUGCCAAGACUCUGAGAAAAAAAAAUCACUCGGCACUUCAAGCAAAGUUGACGCUCAGACUGACCUUAAGAGAAAUAUUCAGAGGAUACUUGAUCAGGUAAAACACUCCUCACCAGAUCCCGUAGUGACCGUUAACGGGACUCUAAAGGAACCGCACCUUGCAACAGAAUCAAAGAACCCCAUCCCUCUGUGCUUCACGGUCCACCCAGUGGUCGAAGGAAACACCAACACGGAGAACUUCAUCCCCCUCCUCUCUUUCCUGGAGGGACGAGACUACAGAGCAGAGUUUGGCGUCCUGUAUGGACUGGGUUCAGAACUCCUCGCCUCCUCCGUCUUCACCGGUCACUCGGAAGAGGAUGAGUUGAUUGCCUUCCUGGGUGUUGCUAGGGAAACAGCCAGGAAGAAGCGACUCUAUUGGCCGCACACUCGGUUGUGCUUUCUGUUGGGUAAGCUUUGUGCUGGGAGGUUGAAGUUCAGCCAGGCCCGGGUUUACUUGGAGGAAGCCCUCAGCGUGCCACGAGAGGGCUUCACGGACCUCAGGUUGUUGGCCAGCAUCUACUCAAGACUGGUUCCCAUUUACCUCCUGCAGAAAAAUACUGAGAGUUUCUUUGCACUGGCCGAACGACUCGCUGCCUUGCUAUUUGGAAUCCCAGACUGCCUGGCAUGUUUAGAAGACAACUCCGCUCUUAAAUACAUCCUCAAGAAAGCUGUUCUAUCUCACAACCAAAUGGCGGAGGCCCGGGCUUGUUACCAAUUGGCGAAGCACCACUUGACUCAUGCUGAAGGAUUGCGAGUUGUUCCUUAUCUUGAAAGACUACUUGUUCUUUGUGGUGAAGCUCAAAGGACUUGGGGGACCUCUCCCAGUCAGGAGUACCUCACACUGGGAAGGACCUACAGCGAACUCCAGCUCCCCCACCUCAGUGUCAGUUCAGCCAGGAGAGCUUCUCUGCAGCCCUCUGCUACACUGACAGACUGUCUCAGCAGCAUGGCUCUAGCUAUGGCCAAUGUCAACAAACUGUAUGGGAUCACAGAACAGGAAGCGUCCAUCCCACCUAAAGUGGCUCCAUAUUUACACCAAGCCCUUUCUUCUAUCCAAGGAGAAGGAAGUGAUCGAUACCAUGUUCUGGGUCAUCGGAUUACUGUUUGUCUCAGCCAACUGUUUUGCAAGAACUCAAUGGUUGGACACGCCAUCUGCCGCAUGCAUACUCUGAUCAACAACAACGGACCCUCACUCUGCAUCUCCGUCCCAGAAAGAAACAGUGCCCUCAUCUGGCUGGCAUGGCUUCAGAUUGACAAUCAUCAGCCAGAUGUUGCUUUGGAUGUCCUGGAUUUGGUCCUAGCUUCCAUGCCAGAACACUGCACGACCCCUCAGGAAGGUGUGGUCCUCAACAUGCGUGGUGUUGCACUUCGAUACAUGGGUGACCUCCGGAGGGCAGCAGAGAGCUAUCAGGCUGCUGUGGACAUCUGCCAAGAGUAUGAGGACAUGCCAAACUGGGCUGUAGCUCAGGCUAACCUAGGGCUGUUGUGUCUGAAGGCUGGAGCUAAAGGACUAGCCCAGAGACACCUGACGGAGGCUGUGCAGCUCUUCUCUGAGCUGGAGGAAGGAGGGCAUGAGGCUGACUUCAUCACCGUGCUGCUGGAGCUGGGUCAGCACUAUGUGAAGCAGCAGCAGCUGGACUUUGGGAAAGGAUGCUACGAGUGGGCUCUUCUGCUAGCUAUCAACGCUAACCUGCUAGACUGCCAGCUCUCUGCGACCCGACACCUGAGCCUUCUGUACGGCUGUGAGAGCCCGGACCAGGCCCAGUGUAUCGUCUACAGCCAGCACCAGGUGGCGCUGCUGCAGAGCACAGGGGACCGGGGUCAGGAGGGGGAGGCACUGGAGGCCAUCAGCCAGCUGUUCCUCAACCUGGGCACAGAACGGGCCUACAGGGCGGCUCUCGACUACACCAAGACCAAUCUGGGUAUCUCCAUCGAUCUGGGCUGCAGAGAGAAGGAGGCGUACGGCUGGCUGCAGGCGGGGAGGAUCUACCACCUGGUGCAGCAGACGGAACUGGUGGACCUGUACGUUCAGGUAGCGCAGGAUGUCGCUCUGAGUACAGGAGACACUCAGUUCAUCCUGAAGCUUCUGGAAGCUGCUGGAGACAUUUUCUUCAACAGCAGCAGGGACCGGGACAAAGCCAUCACCUUCUACAGGGACCGCGCUCUGCCCGUCGCAGUGAAGAGCAACAGUGUCCGCUCCAGGCUGAGGCUGUGUAACAAGCUGACUGAACUGAUGCUCAGUCUCAAGCUGUAUGGGGAAGCUGUGGAGUUCGCUCAGACUGCACUGGACAUCAGUAUCACACUGGGUGAUAGUCUGAAUGAGCGAGUGGCUCACCACCGCCUGGCCUCCCUCUUCCACCGUCUGGAACAGUUUGAGCUGGCUGAACACUAUUACCUGAAGACCCUGACCCUCUGUCCAACCCCUCUGAUGUUCGAUGAAGAAACACUGUACUACGCCCGGGUGUACCAGACACUGGGGGACAUCAUAUUCUAUGACCUCAAGGACCCUCAUGACGCUGCAGGCUACUACCACCUGGCCCUGGCUGCAGCCAUGGAUCUGGGCAACAAGCGGUCCCAGCUGCAGCUGUGCACCCGCCUGGCCACCAUCUACCACAACUUCCUGACCGACCGGGAGCUCUCGCUCUUCUUCUACCAGAAGGCCAGAGCGUUUGCUGCCGAGCUGAACGUGAGGAGGAUCAACAUCUCUCCGGAUCAGCAGCUGAGCAGCGCCUCGCAGUACAAGACCAACGGACCAUAGGGAAGGACAAUCUAACAUUUUACAAAAUGCAACAAAAACCUUUGCAGAUGGCUGGAUGAACUGUUUUUCUGUACGGAAAUAUGGUUUUAUGAUAAGCCUUGCAUUAAGACUGCAGCACUGACUCUGAUCCCAAAGGAAAACUAUCUUCAAGACUUUAUGGGAUAAUGAUGUCCAUUCUAAUCAUCUAUAUUGUGGAAUCGUGCAUACACAAAUUCAUAUUUCUGAAAUCAACUUUACUCAGGUCUUUCUUUGUUAAUCCACAGGGAAUAAAUACAUUUUGUAUACAUAGCAGAAAGAAGUGAAAGCUGUAAUGUAUAUUAUUGCCUUGAAAAUAUGGUAGGAGUGUAAGGUGAAUUUAAAUGUUUCUAGUUCUUGAAAUUAUUGUGAAUGAAUGAAAAGAGAAAUUCUGAUUUGACCUGAUGAGCCAUAAAUACAAGACUGUCAUCUGCAUACAAUGAUA